AUGGGUAAUGUUCCAGGAAAGAUAGAUGGCCCGCAAGAAGCCGGAAUCAGAAAACAGCAGCGGUCGGAAUCCCUGAACCUGGGCAACCAAGUGCCGAAGAAUGGGAUUCGUAACCGAAGAGCUACAUCUUUGGUGGGAAAUUUAUUAAGUGCUAGUGGGAGAGCCAGAUCAGAUUCAUACAAUGGAAGUAGUUCGAAUCCAUAUAAGAAGAAGUCUGCUAAAGAGAAAGAGAAGGCUAGAGAGAGACAUGCAAGACAUUUAGUCGUGAACUAUAACGAGACCGUUGACGGUGGGUUUUUGGCACCUUUUGGGUGUUACAACUUUGAUAAAUUGGAUUAUGACGCGGAAGUAGUGAAGGCUUUGAUCAUAGAUAGGAGACUAGCUCCCUUUUACACGCCGCUGCAGGAGUUUGACGAGUCAUGGACACGCGAAGAAAUCAUCAAGAUUGUGGACGGUUUGCCCUUGCAUGCUUCGUUCCCGACCGAUCCAGAGGAGUUUGAAGGUGUCCCCAUCGGAAACCUGGCAGACGAUGACUUUGAUUAUCUUUUAGACAAAAGUCUGUCCAAAAGGGAGCAGAGAAGACAGAGAUCCAAGAUUUCGAAGGCGAGACUCUAUUUCAAGAGGGUUAACUGGCAAGAGAAGGCAAGCGAGAAGUUCCUCGAGCUUAAGCUUAAAGAAAGAAAACAUGAGUCACACAAGGUGAGUUCCCUUCCAAGCGAUGACUUAAAAUAUGUACUCUAUAAAGAUGGAGCAGAAUGUCCAAUUUGCUUCUUAUACUUCCCAAAGCCGUUGAACAUAUCAAGGUGCUGCCAACAACCGAUUUGCACCGAAUGUUUUGUACAGAUCAAACGCCAAGCGCCCCAUUUCCCUCAUGAAGAAGUUGAUCCAACGAAAGAAGUAGAACCAGAUGAGAUGAAGGACCCCAAUUUAUUGGUCAGUGAGCCUGCCAACUGUCCAUAUUGUGCCACUGCGGAGUUUGGUAUCACCUAUGACCCGCCCAAAAAUAGGACCACCGGCAUCAACGGCAUUUACCCUUCGGAAUACCGUUUAUCAGAAUUCAGCGGUAAGGAUGGAGAACUUUCCAAUUCAUCCCAUAACAACAAUACCAGCAGCCCCAAUAUCGGUGGAGAAAAUAUUCAAACAAUGCGUAGAGGCUCUAUUCCUGCACACGACCCCUCUGUGAUUACCGCUGAUACUAUCAGGCCUGAUUGGGAAGUGAACUUAAACAAGGAAAGGCUAAGAUUGGCAAGAAGAUCAGCCAAUGCCACAGCCAUACAUAUGAGCAACCAAUUGAUUGACCCGGAAUACCCUUCAAGACAUGAAUCAUUUUCAUCAUCCAUUGGGGGCCCUGACACCCCACAUAGUCCAUCAAGGCGUCAAAAAACGUUGGAAGAUCUGGAUGAUGAAAUGGUUCAAAGGGCUAUCAAGUUAAGUUUACAAGAGCACUGA